AUGACUAGAGAAGAAAGUAAAUUAAUUAAAUGGUUUCCUGAAAAUAAUAUUCCAUACUGGUUAAAAAUUGCAAAAAAAAUUCUCCAGUUAACGGGUCCCAUUCCAAAUCAUAUUGCAUUUGUUAUGGAUGGUAAUCGACGUUUUGCAAGAAACAAUAAAUUAUUAUCUCCAUUAGAAGGACAUAAAAUGGGAUUUGAACAAUUAACUAAGAUAUUGGAUUGGUGUAGAGAAUUAACAAUAAAAGAGGUUACUGUAUAUGCUUUUAGUAUAGAAAAUUUCAAAAGAAGUAAAGAAGAAGUUAAUGGACUUAUGGAGAUGGCUGAAAAGAAAUUUCAAGAGUUAUUAGAUGAAAAAGAAGAAUUAGAAAGAAAACAGUUAUGUGUACGUUUUUAUGGAGACUUAUCUCUUUUGUCAACCUCUUUACAAAAGUUAAUGGCGAAGAUUGAAUUAGUUACAAGAAAUUAUUCUAAUUGUUUCAUUAAUAUUUGUUUAGCUUAUACAUCACAAAAUGAAAUUGAACGAGCUAUGAAAGCUAUUCAAAGCGGAAUAAAAGAAGGUGUAUUAGAAGAUGAAUCAAUUUCAGAAUGUUUAUUAGAAAAAUGUCUUGAUACAAGGUAUGGCUCUGAAGUUGAUUUAUUUAUACGAACUAGUGGCGAACAAAGGCUUAGUGAUUUUUUACUAUAUCAAUCUGUCAAUACACAUUUAUACUUUGAUAAUAUAUUGUGGCCGGAAUUUAAUGCUUGGCAUCUUAUUAAUGCUAUACGAAGUUACCAAGGUUACCAUUCAAAAGUUUCCUAUAUUGCAAAGAUGACGAGGGCAAAAGGGACGAAUAUUAGGGAUAUCCUUGGAGACAAGAAGACUGCCAUCCAACUUCAACAAGAUAAAUUUUUAGAAUGGUUUGAAAAGAAACAUUUAGUUCAUCUGCAAAAACUUGCUACUAUGGAAAUAAUUUCAUGA